CCAAAGCAACCGUCCAAAGCACUAGCAGUGUGAGAAGCUUCGGUCCCGUCUCACUGUGUGCAAGCCAAGUCGGAGCAGGAGCAAGGACACUGGUGUUCCAUGGUGGCCGCGGUUCAAGCUCGGGUUCCCAGGAAGCCGCCGGCGAGGGAGAAGGCAGCGGAGGGUAUGCCGGGAGCGCUUUCGUCGCCGCCGGUGGCGGAAGAGGGGCUGUCGGACCUGGAGACGGCGUCCUCCACGGGGGCGCCCAACUCCAGCCUAAGCUCCACCAGCAGCGCCGGCAGCGUCGCGCGCUGCUCCAGCCUCUCGCGCCUCUCCUUCGACUGCACCCCGUCUGCGGCCGUCGCGGCGGCGGCCUCCUGCUCGCCGCGCCCCGUCGCGCCGUUCCGUCCUCACCGUUCAGGCGACGUGGCGUGGGCGGCCAUCCGCGCGCUCUCGGCGUCCUCCUCCUCCCCGGCGACCCCGCUCGGCCCCGCGGACUUCAAGCUCGUGCGCCGCGUCGGCGCCGGCGACAUCGGCACGGUGUACCUCUGCCGCCUCCGCACCGCCACCCCGGAGGAGGAGGAGUCGAGCCACCCGUGCUGCCUGUACGCGAUGAAGGUGGUGGACCGCCGCCUCGUCGCCAAGAAGCGCAAGCUGGAGCGGGCGGCCGCCGAGCGGCGCAUCCUGCGGCUGCUGGACCACCCGUUCCUCCCCACCCUCUUCGCCGACUUCGACGCCGCGCCGCGCUUCUCGUGCGUCGUCACCGAGUUCUGCCCCGGCGGGGACCUCCACUCGCUCCGCCACCGCAUGCCGUCCCGCCGCUUCCCGCCCGCCUCCGCCAGGUUCUACGCCGCCGAGGUGCUCCUGGCGCUCGAGUACCUCCACAUGAUGGGCGUCGUGUACCGCGACCUCAAGCCGGAGAACGUGCUCAUCCGGGCCGACGGGCACAUCAUGCUCACCGACUUCGACCUCUCGCUCGAGUCCACCUCCUCGCCGUCCCUGCUGCUUCCGGCACCAGCCGCUGACGACGACGAAGAAGAGCCGAGCGCCGCGUCCUGCUUCCCGUUGCGUUUCAGGCGGCGACAGAGGCGUCCUCGCCGUUGCGCGGCGUCGUUGCCCCCGCGGUUCGUGGCGGAGCCGGUGGCCGCGCGCUCGAGCUCCUUCGUCGGGACGCACGAGUACGUGGCGCCGGAGGUCGCCAGCGGAGGCGCGCACGGUGCAGCCGUCGACUGGUGGGCCUACGGCGUGUUCCUAUACGAGCUCCUCCACGGCCGCACCCCGUUCGCCGGCGCCACCAACGAGGACACGCUCCGGAACAUCGUGCGCUCCCCGCUCGCCUUCCCCGUCUCCACCAGCGGCUCCGCCAUCAGCACCGACAUGGCCGCUGCGAGGGACCUCAUCACGCGCCUCCUGAACAAGGACCCCGCCGCCCGCCUCGGGUCCCUGCGCGGCGCCGCCGACGUGAAGGCCCACCCGUUCUUCAAGAACCUCAACUUCGCGCUCCUCCGUUCUUCCCGGCCGCCCGUCGUCCCCGGCGCGCCGAUGCACCGGUCGCAGUCCUGCAAGGCGCCGGCGUCGCGCAAGCCGGACCCCCGCUUCGACCUCUUCUGACUGUUGCAGAGUCAACGCCGAGAUAAGCGCUCCGGCCAUGUCGCCGGCCGCGACGUUAACUUCCUCUAGCUAGCGCAUGCAUGCAUUGACCCUAGCACUAGGUUCCAGUGCCGUUGUACAAUCAGCGUUAAUCACGGCUCUUAGUCAUUACUGAUGUCAUCUCUAGUUUACGCCAGACCUGGUAUGUGCUGCUUAAUUAUCUAAUCACCGUGCUUAUACUUGUCUACAGCAUCAACUUAAUCUAGUCACUCUAGUUUUCUCAUCAUCGAGUACUACCAAGGUGCAGAUUAAUUAAGGGACGUGGGUGCAGUGUGUCAUCUUAGCUUUGACACUGGUUAUUGAUCGAUGAUCUAGUAGGAGUAUACUAUACUAACCUAAGAUUGUUGAUGUUGAUGUGGUGAUGAUGUAUGGUUCGAGACAGGCAUCACAUUGGUGUUGGAGCUGUCUGGUAACAGGCUUGCGGUUUCCAUUAAUGGCUCGUUGACCUGUCCCUUGCGUA